UAAAAUUAAGCAUGCAUAUGUAAAGACUAAAAUACUGGAAAAAUGUACUCAACAUGGCAUGCUUCAAGGUUUUAUGUUUUUCAUAGCAUGUUGAUGAUACUGGAAAUAUGUUUCGCUAUUCCAUAUUUGAAAACAGUAAAUGAAACUUGUGAUGAUCUCAAUUAUAACAGACAGUAUUGUCAUGUUGAUAAAGUUGAACUAGAUUGUCUUCGUCGAAAAGCAUUAAUGCAGAACAUGACAACAUGUAAUCAAUUUAAACAUGGUGUGAAUCCAAGUGAUGAAAGUUGUAUCUAUGUGGAAGUAUGUAUUUUUGCUGAUGCUGAUUUUGUGUGCAACAAUUCAUACAAAUGUUAUGCGAAUGUCACAGAUCAUAUCACCUGUAACGCAACUGGACUCCGAAGUUAUUCACCAACGUGCAAUAAAAGCCUGAUUCAUUGUUCCACAAACGAAUGCAAUCAUUUAUUCAAUUUGAAUAAACAGUUUCGUGGAAUAUACAAAGAUGACUGUAAAUUUGAAAGUACAGAGACUACUUACUGGAUUGAUCAAACACACUUCGAUAAUUUAUCAACAGGUUAUGGGAGAAUUCAUAUAUUACAUCUGGCUGCUGGUGAUAAAAAUAAUUACUGUGCUCCAGACGAUCAAGAACAGGUGCAUCCUUCACAGUAUAUUUGGAAGUAUAUUGUUCUGAUAAUCGCUGUGUUCAUUGUUCUUGUGAUAGCUGCAUUAGGAGUAUGGAAGUUAAUAUAUCAUAGAGAAGAGGAGCAUAAGAUGUGGGAGGCCAAAAUCCAAAAAUCUAUUUGCAAGAUUAUAACUGAUGUUGAAGGUGCAUUAGAUGUCGACUCUAUAAUCUUCACACCUGAGGAACCAGAGCCUGUUCCACGCGAGGGUGUGUCUCUACCAUGCUCCAGAGAAAAAAUUUCAAAUGUUGCUGGCAAUGGAUUAGACCCAGCUUCUGCUUACGAAUGUAUAUUUCCAGACUCCAAUAGAGACAGCCGUAGAAUUCAUUCACAUGAUAAUCCCAUAUAUUCUGGCGUUUCUGAAUCAGGAAUGUAUGCAAAUUCAAGUAUUUCUUCUCUUUCAGAGUCAGUUUGGUCUAAGGGAGAUGAUGUACUAGCUACAGAUUCUGACACAGCGUCUGGAUAUUCGGGAAAGCUUGCUAGUGAUAUGCCUUUUAGUGGCAGUUCAUCAUUUUCUCCUGUAAGUAAUAUGGAUAUGAUCAAGCUUGAUCCAAUUUCUGAGACAGAAUCAGUAAAAGAUGAACAUGAAGGAUUCAGAGCUUCCGAAAUUUCUAACUUGAUUGAUAGUAUAGGGUCGAAGAAACUGGCACAAGUGAAGAUAAAGAUCCUAUUCAGGAGUUGUUUUUAAAUUCAAAACAGAUGGAUAAUCCAACUUAUUUUGGUUAGGUUUAUGGAUUGCCACUAUUUUAAUUAAACCAAUGACGUCUCAGAUUCGAAGCCACAGGUUUCACUGUGGAUCCUGGACAUAAACUCUGGAGCUAUGUACAUAGUAGUCCAGCUAGAGUGGGAACAAUUAUUUCAUUACUCUUAAAUUUUCAAAUUUAAAAAGGACUGUUUGCUGUAUAGAAUGGCUAGCUUAUCGGUUUGUCCUUUGGGUUGCAGUUUCUUACCUAUUAUAAAAUGUAUAUAUACGAAGCAAUAUUUGUCUUAUAUGGAAUGAUACUACAAAUUGGUAUUGCAUUGUUCUUUAUUCUACUCCGUCUUGCCAUGUAGUUGCACACUAUCUUUGUUACCAUGAUCAUGACUUAUUGUUUAUACCGUUUACAUUAUGCUGUUUUGCCUGUACAUUGCCAUUUUCCUACAUGCUAUUACUUCAAACGGCUUUACCUAUGCAGAGUGAUAUAGACGGUUCAAUUUUGCAUAGCUCUAAACCUUAACUUUUUUGUUUUUGAACUUUCUCUUAAAAAUGAUCGUAAUAUUGUUUGCUGUAGCCUAUAUAUAUAUUAAUAAUAUAUAAAUGGUCCUAAACUGUGA